AUUUAUGCGUAUCACGAUCAAAAUUCUACACUAUUGACUUUUUGGUUCGAUUUACAGGCUGUCCUAAUUCCAAGUUCACGUUAUUUCUGACUGCUUUCAAUUGCUUUCGUUUUGAAAUGUAACUGAAUUCUGUAUGCUUACAGACUCAUUAACUCAGUUUUCCCCAUAUUUUUUUCUUCAAACAGUCCCACUCAUCCAAAUACCACUCCACUACACAAAAUAUCCUCAGGUCAAAUUCAAACUUACCAAUGACUGGACGUAACAACAUAAGCUAAGGACAAAGAUAUUGGAUAUUGGGAGGGCGGUAUUUGAAAAAAUGAGGCGGAAGCGGCGUUCCGAUUCGUUUGAUGAAGAUGACUUUAGAUCAAAAAGAGACAGGACAGAACCAGAUACGAUUGAAUCUCUCAUAUAUCGAAUAGGGUUCAAAGACCUUUCUAAUAUAGAACGGGAUAUUGGAGAACUCGCGUCAGUUAUUCUAGCAGAUAUCCCAAAGAAUGGAGAGGGCCUUUUGAAAGUUCUGAGCAAUUGUGUAAAGAAUGUUCCAGAACGAAUACUAAUUUACGCAACGUUAGUUGGGUUGCUGAAUCUGAAAAAUCGAUCGUUUGUCGGCCAAUUGAUAGAACUUCUACAGCGAGACCUGAAGGAUGCUAUUAGAUCGGCGAGUUUUGAGGAUGCUAAAUAUAUAGUUUUGUUCUUGUCAGUAUCUGUUAACUGUCAUACUGUUCAGAAAGCAUCCAUUCUCGGUCUGUACGAAAAUUUUGCUGAAGUCACUCUUGAUGCAGGACGAAGUUCUCAGGCUCGAACUGAUUGGUACACAUACGUGAUUCUUUACGGUCUACCAUACAGUGGUUACUUGCUAGCUUCUUAUGACACUUCAGCAUUAAACGAUAUAUUAGGUACAAUUGAAGUUUACAUGACUAAACGCCAGUGCCCCCAUGUCUCAUUAUUACGCGUUUGGGAGUCAAAUGAUCCUCACCCACAAGAAGAUUAUCUGGAUUGUUUGUGGGCUCAAAUAUGCAAUCUCCGAAAUAGUGGUUGGGUGGAAAAAGUAACUUGGAGAUUAUAUGACUCUUUUCCUAGCUUAAAAGAACAUGGUCAGCCGCAUAAAUUAUCACCUCUCACACCUCCUGAUUAUGAUGCGGAGGUUAUUUAUCCUCUUCCAUCUGUGGUUUUUCGAAUGUUUGACUAUACUGAUGUAAUAGAUCAAGAUGAAAACGAGAUUGUUCCUAAUUCAGAUUUAUCAUCAGAUGGAGUUAAAUCUAAUAAAGAAACUCCUGUCCUUCCGGGAGCACAUACUAUCGAACGAUUCCUUAUUGAUGAACAUUUGGCAAUUUUGAUGAAUAAUUUAAGUUUCAACAGAGUUAUGUGUGCUAAAGCUCUGUUGGGACUCAAAACUCGAGCCAAAGUAGCUUUAGAUUACAUGAUCAUUGAAGCUGUUUUUGCUGGAAUGUUUCACUUACCUCGUCCACCAGUUCAACAUGGGAAUCUUCUGUUUUAUGGGAGUUUACUAGUACAGUUAUGCCAUGAAGCUAGUAAUACAAUUCCUCUGGUGUUAGCUCAAGCCACUGAAGUCCUAUUUGAGCGUUUAGAUAAUAUGAAACCUGUUUGUAUUGGCAGGUUUAUUGAAUGGUUUUCAUAUCAUUUAAGUAAUUAUCAAUUGCAAUGGAGUUGGAAAGAGUGGUCCUCAUCUCUAACUCUAGAUCCGAUGUCUCCACAAAAACGUUUAAUUACCGAAACAUUAUGUCGAUUAAUACGUUUUUCAUACUACGAGAACGUCAAACGUUUACUUCCGAAAUCUUUUUAUAUAAUGUUACCACCUCAACCUGCGGUAAUCAAUAAAUAUGAAAGUAAUCCAGAUUUGUCUUCUGCACGUGCAUUCUUUCGUCUAGUGGAUUCUAUCCGAGCACGCCUUGAACCCCAAACCGUCUUAAGAAUAGCUGAAACUGCCUCACAAAGUCGUGGUCGGCGUCUUUCACUAUCAGAACCAUUUGAUAAUGAUGGGGUAAGAGAUGAAAAAGAUGAAGAUGCAUCUAGUGAUGAUAGUCACUCUGAUCAUAGUGAUGAGGAGCGUCGUGGAAGAAGCCCCAUUGAUACCAUUCCUCUGUCAGAUCCUGAGUUUGAUGACUUGGAUGAUCCUGAGCCUGCUAAACAAGAAAUUCGUGCUCGUCUUAAAGCGCGUCGACGAAUGUUACGGGAGAGUGCAAUGAAACGUAAUUUGAAAAUAUCGUCAGAAGGUAAUGCCGAUGAACAGGUCGGUGUAAGAAGUGAUUCUAUCGAAAAGUUGCCAUUUACCACAGCAGCUCAAGUGUCUGAACUUUCUCCUGGAGUGACAAAUUUAGCUAUUGAAUUAUUUUAUUCUGCUAUGUUGAUCGCUGGUCAUAAAACAAUCAGUCACACAUUUGCGUUCAUAAAAAAGUAUGCUGCUGUCAUCCGGACUCUUACAUCUACUGUUGAAACUCAAGUAGAAGCUUUACAUGUAAUUCAAACGGUUUGGGCUAAUAAUCCACAAAUGAUUGUCAUUAUUACAGAACAUAUGUGUCGUGUUGGUUUGAUUGAUCCGGAAGCAGUUGUUCGAUGGGCAUAUUCACCUAUAAUGACAACGUUAACAGAUGAUACAGUCAAUUUAAACUCUGCUAAUGCUCGUCCAAAAAUUUUGGACUUUUACGUUUGGGAGUGCUUAAGUCGAACUCUUGUUCGUGUUGGUAGGCGAGUUACUCGAAUUACAAGUAGACUAGAACUGGCAAAAGAAACGAUGGAAAUUAACAGGCGUUCUUCUCCUUAUUCGACUCCUGAUCGUGAAGACGCUGACCAGGGAGGAGAUGGUGAUAGCUUUCCACGGACUGGAGUCGACAGUGAUUCAUUCUUCAAGAAACCGAAAGAUUCCAUUUCUGGGAGAAUUAAAGUCAGUGACCGACGAAAACUUAUGGCAGGCUGUGAACUGGUUUCUUCGUCUGACGAUGAGGCUUAUGGUGGAGGAAAGGAUAAUGUUGGUGGUCGAGUAGCCAGACUAGAAGAAGCCAGGUGUGAAGCAGUUCGUAGUCAAUGUGCUGUCAUUACACUUCUUCUGCAUCGUCAUGCUAGACUUACUGCUGAACUUGCAUCUGAAAUGUCUGGAUCUACUCAGAACCAUUCAUUCAAUACGGAUUCUCCAUUUUUCUUACAUGAACCAACUCAACCGAAAAGUUUGUCUGACGAAGCUUUACGAAAUAUAAUGUUCUGGUUAAAAGGUCGUUUAGUGCAAGUGGUUCUUGAGCAUUGCGAUCAAUUAAUACCUUAUCUGGAUAACCUUGAUGAAUUUAUCUGUGGAGCUCAUCCUGAAGUUCAAGGCGUGUUCCAACAGCUUCGUUCAUUGUACGCAUAGCAAUCUCAUUUUGAUACCUUCUUUAUGAGGAAGUCAACUUGUGUGUACUUCAAUUUGUUAUGUACACUUUUUAUCCAAGGACUGUAGAGUAUUUUGUAACAUAUGGUUCUCAUCGUUUACCUCCCGAAAACUAAGUUUUCUUAUUUUCAGUUUCAGUGUGUCGAAUUUACUCUAAGCAAUAACUUAAGAUUUCCCUGGGAGAAAUAUUCUUGGAACAUCGUUUUGUACUGUUUAAAUACUUGUAUUUCUAGUUGUCCAUGUUGUGAAGAAGUAUUAUGGCUUUUUAGCCUGAACGUUUUGUUUUCGCUAGUGUAGGGUCAUUAUCAUCCAUUCAGACGAUUUGGGAUCGUCGACUUAGCAGCAUAAUACAACUGAGUCGUUGACUUCGUGAUUUUCAACACUCAUUAAGUAACAGUCUAUUCAUAACUUAAAACGAUUUCGCUCGUAUGCAAGUGUUUGUAAUAGUUGGUGUUCUUGCGGAAGUGUCCUAUGGUUAUUUUCUGGAUAGUUACUGGUAUUUGACUGUUAGAUGUGUUGCUUUUUUCAGUUAAUAUAGGUGAUUGUUUAUCAAACUAUGUGACCUCUGAGUUCCAUUCAAUUGCCACCAGUAUGUUGCAUCGAUUAGGUGUACUUUCUAUCGUUGUUAGUUGUCCAUUCGGAACUAACGUCAUCAGUUCGAUAUGUUCCUGAUGUUUUUCUGCUUAUUUGAAGCUACUCCAGGGUUAGCGAAGUUGCCUGAGUGGGUUCAAAGACUACCGAUGAGUACUCAAUAAUCAUCCGAUGAACAACCCCACACAUGACCUUCUGUACGUUAAUGUUAGGUCCGAAAGCUAAAACGAUGUUAAGUACAUACAUGUAACUUACUUUUGAAAACUGAUUGGAAUAUUGAGUUCCGAAUACUAUUAAAUCAGAAAUAGCGUUUAAAGGCAAGGUCUCAUAUUGUGAGUAAUAAAGAACAUGAAAAUGAAGCCUAUUAAAAAGACUUCCCAUCUAGGGAGGACCAGAGUUAGUAAUGGUAGUGUUUCACAAUUAUUUAAAUGAUAUGAAGACCAAUGGACUUUUACGUUUGAGCAAGUCUGAUGUACAUAUGUUAGGAGACAAAAUCAUAAUUUAGAAUUACAUAUUGCAAAUUCAUUCAACAAUCAAACCGUUUUCACAUACGAAGUUGGUUUUUAUUGACAUAUAAGACUUGGUGUCAUAAUGUUACCUUCCCUACACAUCUUUUCAUGCGUGCGAAGGCUUAAGAAGUCAUUUUAACGUCUAAUUUAAACAUCCUGAAUAAUGAGCACUGCCUGGAUCGCUAUUACUGACUCAUGAAUAUUAAGAGGGAUUGUACAACUUAUGUAUUUCAGUGGGGGUAGGUACUUAACAGACAAAAUUCUCCAGUAGCGAUCACUGUGGCUUUCCUGACCUACGGUUUGUUUAAGGGUAUACAAAAUGGUACUACUACAACAUGGGGAACCACCCACCAUAUGUACUCGAGGCCCUGGAAGGUUGACACCCAAUGGUUUUGUGCUGAAAUUUCGCCUUCUUCAUGUUAGUUGUGUAGCGGUAAAUAAAUUUCCGCAGUAAAUUGUUCUGUAAGUCUUCAACACUUGAUAAUGACCUCAUUAGUUUUGAUAAACGCAACUACAUGGAGGUGCUCGUUUACACGUCUUCUGCAACUGUUAGCCAGCUUAGACUAUACGCCUCCCGAUAUUUCUGAUUUGGUUGGGUUGGUAUACUCCGAUUAUAAAGAUGUUACGUGUAAAGACAUUGUCAGUCUCCGAAUACCUGUGAUAUCCCUAACUAAGGGCGUUUCCCUCUUUGGAGCACCUUUAGGUAGUCAAUCUGGUUAAGUAUAAACAUCCUAGUAACUGAUAUCGUGUACUAGUUAUGGUGCAUUGCUCUUGCCUAUUCAUUACUAAGAUUUGCCAGGUUAGAUUCUUUCCAUCAAAUGGUUUAUCCAACUCUGCAACAAUUGUAGAUUUGGUAUUCACUUUGAGCCGGAUCAUUUGACUCAUUUCCACUUUAUAUGAAUAACUUAGGAGAAAAUCUGGAAUAUUUGAUUCUCUAGGGUGUGUGUUGCACACUAACCGCGGCAGAUUGUAGACAGUACUAAUAACUCUUAUCAGUCAGUACACUAUCAUACCAAAUAGACUUGUUUAUAAUCGUAUAGAGAGACUUUGGAAUCAAGGUCUCAGUAAACAGAAGUUACCAGAGGAACCAGCGACAGAUGCAAAAUACAGAAUGCUCUAAAUCGAAAUGCCUGUUGGCUUAUAAUUGUCUGCUUGACUUUAAACAUUGUGUGGUCAAGCGCGGUAACCAUGUAGUUGUGCUGACAGUGAAAUCACACUAAGUCCUGACCAAGAGGUCACUCAUUCUCAGUGCACCUUGUUUUUGCCUAGAAAUAGCGGGUGAGAAGGGAAAAGUCAAAGAAGAUAUCGGAUAUUGGGACAUUUCUUAGGCAAGUUACAAGAGGCAAACUAACAUGCUUAAGUGUAUACAUAAUUAUUAGUCUCAUUGGAUAAAAUUGCGUGAGUUGGAUGGACGUAGGAGUAACUUCAAAAUUUUUAAAACUGGAAGAUUUCUGUCAAGGGAUAUGAUGUAUUGAACCAUUAUCUUGUUUGGUCUAACCAGCAGUUGUACGCGACAUCUUGUCAGUAUUGUUUUACCAGUGGAUCAACUUGCUCUAAUUGUGGGGUAGACAGAUCCCUGUACAAUUUUUCCUUCACUAGUUCGCGGUUAGGCAUGAUUAGUUGAGUUUUAUCUCAUCUCCUAUAAGCAUGUCGAAAUUUCAACCGUGACGAUCUGUUUAACUUAGCAAACACCUGAGCACGGUUUAAACGUUAGAUCCUUCCGAAUGUGCCCGCCCUUUCCUUUCAACGACCUUGAACAACCUGACUAGAGGCGGUCAUUCCGUAUUUCAAUUACCGUGGGUUGGUUGGCUUGCAUGAGUAUCAAGUUUUUUCGGCUGCAAUUAAACGCAACUCAAUUUCGUAAAUGUGCCCUUCAGCUUAGCAACCAAUCAGAAUGGGGCGGGAAUUAUUUUCUCCACCAUCUUUGUAAGCAAUGGCUGUCGGCUUUCUUCGUUCUGUGCUUCUUUCCCAAGCUGCCAGCUUUGGGGAAAUCCCCAAUGUUUGGGAAAAAUCCCCAAAAUGUUCGUAGCGCAUUUUUGCACACCAACAUUUCAUCUACAUAAUAUAAAUAAGCCUCAAAGUAGUAAAUCUGAGUAAAUAAAUUUACAUUUUAGUGCAAUACAGACUUUUGGUGAGGGAUAGUCUGUCGAAUUUCAGGUCUUGUUUUAAUACAUCAACAAACAGACAGGAGAUAAAGAGUUGUCGGUUGUAAACCACUUCUUCGAAAUUCGAAAGCUAUGCAGGUGAGUUAUUAGUAGUGCAGGUCGAAAAAUUUGGUUUCUGUCUAUGUUCAAUCUUACUUAAGUCAAUUAUUUCUUUCAGAAUAAUAAUAGACAGGUCGAUACGAUUGCGAGAAGGCGCGAAAUACUUGAGGUUGUUUGGCUUUUCCCGAGCAACCUAUUACAGAAGGUUGAGGAAGUUAAAAGCACAGUUGAUAAAGAAUUGUCAGUUACCGAGCUUUGACGAAGAGAUAGACAAUCCAGUUGUCGUCACAGAAUCGCUUACUACUGCAACUACAGAGCAUUGGGCUAAUAUUAUCACAGACACAGCUGCUGCUCCAUGUAGUUACGUCCAGAUAACACAAGCAGCGGUAGUAUCUCUUUUAUUAUUAGAAAUUUAUAGGUUGUGUGAUGUCAGAAAUGUCUCCAGCCGUUCAUCUUUCGGUGAAAGAACAGUUAGAGAGAAUGGUCAUUGAAAUGAUGAAAGGUGGUUACAUAAGCAUAAAGAAGGCUGACCAAAUAUUGGACAUUUUUCGUGCGCGGUAUCCAGAACUUCCGACGUCCGUCCGAAGUGUUCUACGUCGAUGCAACGACGUGUGGGCCUAAGAUCCUCGAUUCUGGAACGUAUUACCACUUGGGAUUGAAAUCAAGUCUUUUGAGAAUUUCGGAACAUUGGCUACGGCAAAUCCGUUUCACCGAACUGAAGUUGCAGUUAAACUACGAUGGUCUAAGCUUGUUUAAAAGCUCUAAGCAACAGCUCUGGCCCAUCUUAGGUCGCAUAGUAGCUCCACUAUUUAGUAGUGUUUUCAUAGUUGGGAUCUGCGGUGGUGAAGUAAAACCAUCUGAUUUCAACAUGUCAUCAACACUUAUAACAGAGUUACAGGAGUUGCUGACAGUAGGCAUUAAUGUAGAUAAGUAUCAGCUACAUUUAACGGUUAAAUUAGUUGCUGUUAUUUGUGACGCUCCAGCUUGCAGCAACGUCAAGUACAUUGUGGGUCACAAUGGUAUCGCUGGAUGUGACAGAUGUCAGGUUUUAGGGAGACGAAUGGGUGGUCGGAUGACUUUCCACAAUGGUGAACACGAAUUGAGAAGUGAUGUGAGUUUUCGUAGUAGGUCCCAAUAUAUCCAUCAUUGUGGUAGAAGUUCAUUUGAAAAUCUGCCAGUGGAUAUGAUAAAGUGUUUUCCAUGGGAACCGAUGCUAUGAUAUACUUAGGUGUUACAAAAAUACUUAUUUCAUUGUGGAAGAAGCUAGCUAUUAAGCGACUUAAUAGGAUGGAUCAGUCAAUUAUCGCAUCAAUAAAUGAUGCACUAGACUUAUGUAGACAACACACUACAUGCGAUUUUCAACGGAAAUGUCGUUCGCUAUGAAGUUUCUGUAUGGAAAGCAACUGAAUGUCGGUUGUUCUUAUUAUACUUAAGACCUGUAGUUCUUCAUAACAAGUUACCACUAUCAAUG